AUGAAGCUUAUUAUCUGUAUUCUUGUCAUCUUCGGAUGUGCCAGUGCUCAGUUGAAAAACAUUACUGCAGAAGCCAUCUUGAAAUAUCACAAUGACUUCAGAUCCUCUAUUGCUAAAGGAACCUAUAGUACUAUUAAAGGACUCCUACCAGCAGCAUCCAACAUGCGUAAAAUG